GGAACAGAAAGUGAAGCCUUGUCAUGAUGAGUGUGUGCUUGUGGGUGUGAGUGAGAGAGGGUGGCAAGAAGAAGCAAGCUGAUGGCAAACACAGACCCAACUUGUUUGCUUAGCUGACAGGAGGAGGCCUGACCCGAGUUAAGAACAAGAGAGCACCUUUCCGGAUUCACGUCAACUGAUAUGAGGGGAGAAGUGAAGUGGACAAAGCCUUCCACAGUUUUGCCCUUUGGAUGUCUUUGGGCUUGAAUUGAUCCGUCCGUUUUCUUGAAGGAAGGGGAACUUGGAAAUGAAACUUUGAAAUCGACCAUGUGAAUUGAUCCUUCACAAAGCGUUACGUCAACUGAGGAACUUUGCACGCUGGAGCUAUGGAGGGGACAACAGACAGCAUGCGCAACUUCUUCAACCGUGUCUGGAGCUUGGUGAUGGAGAAACAUCACCAAGGUGUCUUCAACACCGUGUGCCUGGUGGUCCUCCUCACUUUGCCCCUGGUUGUCCUGGUCACCACGCUGGCGGUGUGUUGCCACUGCUGCUGCUGUCGCCACGCAGACGACGGCCGCUGCCGCUGCUGCCGUUGCGGCGGAGCCGGCAAGCCCGAAUCAAAGAAGAAGAAGAAGAAUUUGGCCAAUAAUGAUGACUUGUGGAUUUCCGUCAAAACGGGCCAGAUGAUGCCAGAUCUGGUCGCUCUGCCGAUGGAGUAGAAAUUCCUUUUUACUGUUGGGAAACUUUUUAAUGAAGCCAAACACGGAAAGACUCAGCGUUGGCAUUUUGUACUAACCGUGUAGUAUGUUUACGAUGUUUGCGGUACAGAUAUUCAGAAACCCGACGGACGACCUGUUUGGCAUUCAUGAAUUUGCCUGUUGGCAAAAAAAAAAUUCUUCUCUUGUUAUUUGCUUUUGGUGCCAUGGAACAAUGUUGAGGUGAGUUGUGGAGCUUCACUUUGCUCCCAUCUGCAGGCAAUUGUAACGUUUUCAAGGGAGUGUGAUAUACUCAAAGAUUUAUGUUAUUUGCAGAAAUGGUUGAAUUUCCGAGUGUGUGUGCGUGCGUUCGCAUGUGUGUGCGUGUGUGUGUGUGUGUGUGUGUGUGUGCGUGUGUGUUCUUCAAGCUCAUAUGUGAAAUAGUAUGUUGUCUGUAUUCAGGAGGGCCCUGCAGCUUUCAAGGGCAGUUUUCAAAGCCUGCUAUUAUGUCACAGCUAUCUCUGAUGGCUCACUUUUAAAGUAAAAAAAGAAACGCACAGCCUUGCUCAUGAUUUCUAGCUCCAAAUGUUUUAGUUCAGGCAUUGUAUUGUAGUUGCAACAACACAUGACUUGUAUUUAGAAGAUGAUUUUGUGAAAGACACUCAGGUCCUCUCAUUUGUUUUUUAUGACCGUGACAAAGUCAAUAUGUGUAAUGUGCACACCUGGAAAGUUGCGCAAGAUGACAUUGCAAAGAAAUAAAGAGUGUUUUUGCCUCUG